CCUUCCUCUCUCUCACUCUCUCUCUCGCCUUUGCAUAUAGAAGGAGCUCAAAUCCAACAUCUCCUGAUUCUCCUCUUGGGGAUCUGGGUUGGCUUCGACCUUUUUUCCUUUAUUUUUCUCUUCUGGUAUAGCUGGACUUCUUCCCCGAGUGGUGGUGGAUUGGCGAGGGUUUCACCGGAGCGAGGUCGAGCAUCGCAUCUCGAUAUGGUGGCUUUGGCCACUUUUUCUUGUGGCGGUGGGGCUGGCAAUGAAGAGGCGGUGGGGCUAGCGAUGAAGAGGCGGCGGCGACUCCGGAUCCGAAAGAUUGGGCAUGGUGGCCUGGCCACCAGUGCGGCGUUCCUUUCAAAGAUGUGGUAUGCUUUGUUAGAACUGGCGGUGGCCUUGGUGUUGGCUGUGAUAAUCGAGGCGAUGGAUUGUGGGUAGGUUGUCAGCGCAGCAUCACCGAUCGUGGACUUGCAGGAGCAAUGGUGGUGGGCGGCGAUUUCCGAAUGAUGGUGCUCAAAUCCAAUGUCAGAGCAAAGCAAAUUUGCUCAGCAUGAAUGAGCUUCCUCUCUCAGUCAAGCUUGGGGAGCAGCUUAAGUUUCUUUCUGAUCAAAUGAAAGGUAAAGCAUUUUAUCUACACAGUUACAACCAUGUGAUAAUCCUCAGCUUUUGUCUAUUUCGCUGGCAAGUUGAGCUAUGUUUGUUAGGUCCUCUAUAUUUGAUUUAUGCUUUCAGAUAUGUUCAACAUAAAAGGGGCAAGAACUUUCCACUUUGUGUGAAGGUGGAGGGGGUGAAUGGUUUGGUUUCAGAACUUGCUGUUGUAGCAGCGCAUAUGGCAGCCGCCCCACCCCAUAUGAACCAAGUUCCUCCACUGAGUAGCACUGUACAGAAACCUCCAUAUGUGGGUGAUGAACAACAGACAGUAGAUGGCUUGCUGCAACACCUCGGAUUGGGAAAAUAUGCCAUUAUAUUCAAGGCUGAGGAAAUUGAUAUGACUGCAUUGAAGCAGAUGGGAGAAAAUGACCUCAAAGAGCUGGGAAUACCUAUGGUGGAGGGGGUGAAUGGUUUGGUUUCAGAACUUGCUGUUGUAGCAGCGUAGAAGAAAGCCAUGCCAUGCUUGACAAAUGUGAAGCAUUGCUGGCUUCAGCAGCAGCUAUGAAUUGUUUUAAUUUUUGUUUGGUCCUUUGCUUACUAGAAUUUGGGGACGGGGUUAAUUGAUUGAUGUAAUGAAUUCUACCAAUACAUUUCCAAUUGUUACUUUGUAAAUGUGAUUACUUAUAGUGAGGGUAAUAUGAAUA